GCACGUCCAUGAUGCCGCAACCAGCAGUAGCAUGCCCUCGGGAUACUGGGAUCGCCUUAUGUGGUGCCACGUGGAGAGGUGCCCCAACUUGGAUACCAUCUUCCCUGCAGAGGCAAUUGACUUUGGAAAUCAACUACAGACCAUCUGGGCAUCGGAUCUCCAGAUGGCCCGGUGCAUUUGGAGCCAAGGUGUCAAAAUCAACAGACAUAUGUAUGGUUCCUUCGAAAAUCUGCAGCACCUGCACCUGCGUUACUGCCCGAGGCUCCAGUUCGCGCUGCCGGUGUGGGUCGCCUCCUUCCCCAACCUAGAGACCCUCCACAUCAUCCGCUGCGGCGACCUCACGCACGUCUUCGCGCUGAACAAAAGGUACCCGGAGGAGAUAGUCGCCCACGGCUUACCGUUCCCGAAGCUGACCACCAUCCACCUGCACGACCUGCCGAAGCUGCGGCAGAUAUUUGAGGUCAAGAUGCUCGCGCCGGCGCUCAAGACCAUCAGGAUAAGGGGGUGCUUCGGCCUGCGCCGGCUGCCGGCUUUGCAGGGCCGCAAGCCCGGCGUGAAGCGGCCGGCCGUCGAGAUGGAGAAGGACGUCUGGGACGCGCUGGAGUGGGACGGGCUCGCCGCCGGCCACCACCCCAGCCUCUUCGAGCCGCCCGUGCACUCGCGCUACUACAGGAGGAGGCGCCUCCUCAGGGGCACCGUUCUCAGGUGAAUCCUGAACCGUGCGUCCACACUACUGCCGCUGCUGCCACGGGAGAUGGGAGACUCGUUCGCCCUCUACGAUGGACGCUGGUCGGGCAGGAUUGCUGGCUUGCUGUGAUGAUACUGAUGCUGCUGCUGCAGGCUGCACUGCAGCAGCUGCCUUUGGUUGUGUUUGUUGUUGACAAGGGCAGGGGCCUCAGGUUGGCUUCCUGCUUGCGCUGCGCCGUCGAUGGCCGAGUUGGCCUAGCGGUUGCCAAGUGCUUUGGAAAUAAAAAUGCCACCGGGCUUUCUGCCUGCGCGCGUGUUGCGCUCAGACGGUCAGACACCGGCCGGCGUGUGUGCUCGAGUGUGUGGCUUGCGAUUGGAUCCGAGACAAUGAAGCAGCAGCAGUAGCUGGGUCCGGGUGUGUGCCUGACCACCUGCUGCGUGUGUGUGUGUGUUUGAUGUUGUGUGGCUUAAUGAGUGCCUGCUACUCUGUUUGAAACGGAGUGCCGAGCUAAUAAGCAGCAACUGUGUGUGCGCGCGCGCGCCUGUCGUGAAUGCACUGAGUUUGCUUGCAAUGUAAUGUUUGAUGAACUAAAUGACAGCUGUUUUGUGUGCCUGAUGCCGGCUGCUGUGAUUUGUGAACCAUUUAUCGAGUUUCAAUAAUGUAUGGUGUUUGUGGUGUGUGAAUU